AGCUAUUUCAAUACCAAUCUGAGAAACAGUUCAAUUAGCUCUUGGAUAAUAAUUGGUCAAUACUCCCACAAAAAUGUCGAUGCAAUUUGAGCUGAGCGAACCGGUUGCUGUCUAUAGGGUAUCCUACAAGCUGUACCUAUCCGAUAUCAAGGCUCUGAUGCCACGUGUCGCCCUAAAGGCCACCGAGUUGAACGUGCGCGGCUAUAUGACCACCACCCAAUGUGGAUAUGCGGUGAGCGGUGAACUGGAGGGCACACAGGAUAAGCUGCAGGAGAUGAUGUCCUGGCUGGAGGAGGAGUCACUGAAGGGUAACGAGAUGCCCAAGUUUGGCCAGUAUCAGCUACAACUGAAGCCCGGCUACGAUGAUUUCUUCUGUUGUUAACGAAAUCCCCGACCCCAGAAAUG